AUGGACGCUGAUAAGGAAUGGACUGAGCUACCCAAUGAAAUGGGUCAAGAAGGUCCCAAGUAUAUCAUGGUUUUUUGCGAUGGUACUGGGAAAGAUGGGGAAAGUUUAUCUCAAGAGGAAAUCCCGACUAAUGUGUACUUGCUCUACAAAUUCGUGGAGCAAUUACCCGAGCGAGUCGAGGUAGAAGGGGUCACGUUCGGACGGAUCGCUCACUAUAUACCAGGGGUGGGCUCCAGGUUACAGGGAACAGCUGGGUUACUUGCAAAACUACACGGCAUGGCUACAGUUCAUACAGUAGUAACAGCAUAUUUAUAUAUAGCUGCGUAUUAUAGACCCGGUGACCGGAUUUGUCUGUUUGGUUACUCUAGAGGAGCGUUUGCUGCGCGCAAGGUCGCAAGCUUAAUUUUUCAUUGUGGCCUUUCUGUCGGACGGGAUCAGCUCUUAAAACAAUGGGCACGCCGUGAAAAGCCAGUCUGCUGGAUUGAGAAUCAAGAUGGAUUUAAGUUGGAGGGAAAGGGCCAGCAAUCUAUUCCAAUUAAAUAUCUAUGCGUGUGGGAUACAGUCUGUGCUGUGCGUGAUUUACCCCACGUUGCUCCAGUCAAGGAGAUGCUAGGUAUACGUGAAGAAGAGCUGACGCCAAAUGUUGAGCACGCUCUCCAUGCACUUGCAUUUCACGAGAACAGGAAGCCUUUUGGUGUCACCCUCUUCGAGGAGAACGCCACGACUCAUCUGGAAGAGGUCUGGUUCCCCGGAUCCCAUUCCGAUGUAGGUGGAGGGGGAGAGUUAUCACAUUUGCCAAAGAUUAGUUUAGAAUGGAUGAUGAGGCAUUUGGACAUAUUCAACAGUGCUCCUGUUGCUGAAAUGGUUAAAUUGGAUUAUUCCAUUACACAUUCAUUCAACCCUCAUAACGCGAGUCGACAGGGAAAGCUUGCCAUGAUGAUUAGGGAAGAAGAUCGUAUCAAAAGUCACCGCCUCAGCAAACGCUCUCAAAUACAUCAGUCGAUGCAUUAUUUAGAAACAAUUUUAUUCAAAGAUAUCGAUAAGCAUCUCUUAAACCUGAAUCAACUUUCAGAGCGCACUGGAUGGAACCGGCUUGGCUAUACCAUCUACUGCCCUCUGGUGGAUGAACUUAUGGGUACAGGCACUCUCGAUGUGACUGCCAGUCGGAGGUCCUCCCUUUCACUUUUACAACUGACCCUCCCUGUACUUCUUGACAGCGUCGUUAAAGUUGCUUUAGAUCGCAGUGAAGGUCACGUCACCGCGUUCACCAUAUCUGGCUUUUGUGACAGGGUUGAGCUCUAUGGUAUUGAUGAAGUUCUACGCACCCUUGCGCUGGAGCAAUAUAAAAUAUCAUUGAUUGUAAAAUUUCUGAAUACAACCCUAGAGGCGGCAAAUGAAGUAGACCUUGUGCAAGGCGGUCGUAUCACUAUUCUGCUCACUCCCAAACAAAUUGACAAUACACGUAUGGAUAUGAAGAAAGCAGCAGAGGCGGGUCUGGAUACGUCUGCCGUUGAGUGGGUCCACCCCAACACUGCAUUCCAACGCUUCGAAACUUGGCAGACAUGCAUAUUCACGCAAGGACGCAUAUUCUGGCUACUGAAGCUCACAACGAAGCUCUACCAGGCUGCUAAAGAAAAUAGUCAGACUUCUGGCACUUGGAUCGACCUUUUCACCAACACGCCUGUUGCCUCGGUUGAACCAAUCACAAAAGGUCUUCACAAUUACUUAGUAAAAACCAAUCGUGGAGAUAUUAAGGCCCGAUUAGUGGGGCAUGCCACUAAUGGAUAUGCAUCCUGCCUCUUACCCCAUCUUGCCAAUCUAUUACAUGGAAUUGUACCGAUUCAAGGGUAG